AAAGAGAGAGAAAAAAAAGGUGGAAUAAUAAAAAAAGGGCGGAAGAGAAAGAAAGCGAAGCGAAAGAUAGUUCGAGCGGUCGAUCGGGGAGGGAACCAUCGAAGGUGGAGGAGCAUGCGAGAGCAGCUCCUCGGUGUUUCAACAUGACCCAGCCUUAGUAGGGUACCUCUGCUGGCGUACACCCUCCGCGCCGCGACACGAUACGACACGCAGAAGGAGGUGGUGGAGGUGGUGCCGGCGGAGGGGGUGGUGGUGGCGGUGGAGAAGGCGGCGGCGGAGGCCAGAGAGGUGGUCGAGGGCGGGGGGGUGGAGGAGGAGGAGGAGGAGGACGGAGAAGAAGAAGACGAAGGAGGAGAAGGAGGAGGAGGACGGUGGACUCGCUAACGACGGCGAACGUCCUCGAGGGUGCAAGAUACCAGCACCAGCAACACGACCGACGACGAUGAUCGUGACAGGCGGCGAACGACGUACAUGUUGUUGGAGGAGGAGGCGGCGAUUCGCGGUUGCGGUACUGGCCUCGGCCCUGCUGACCCUAGCGAUCGGUCCCGCGUCGAUCGAGGGACACAGGCCAGCGCCGAUCAUUCUGCAAACGAGUGGCAACAAGACAACUACGCCCCUCUUGGCCCACUCGGUGAACGGUACUUGGCUUCCAUCGAACGGAAACGAGAACAACAAUGAAGCCGACCUACGCGCGGAGGACGGAUACAACAGUACCAUUCAUCAUCACCAUCACAAGAAGGUCGGCGGUAACAUGACCGAGGAAAAGGCGCCUCUCUUUCCCCAAGAUCUCUUCACCGUCCAUCAACGGCGACGCGGUGCCGUGAUUCUUCACGUAAUCGGUGUUGUGUACAUGUUUGUCGCUUUGGCGAUCGUUUGCGACGAGUUCUUCGUGCCGUCUUUGGACGUGAUCAUCGAGAAACUCGAGAUCGCCGACGACGUUGCGGGUGCUACCUUCAUGGCGGCCGGUGGUUCGGCCCCCGAACUUUUCACAUCGAUAAUCGGCGUGUUCGUGUCGUUCGACGAUGUCGGUAUCGGCACUAUCGUCGGUUCCGCCGUAUUCAAUAUUCUCUUCGUGAUCGGCAUGUGCGCUAUAUUCUCCCGUACCGUGCUCUCCCUCACAUGGUGGCCCCUGUUUCGCGAUUGCACCUUUUAUAGCGCCAGUCUGCUCACCCUGAUCUAUUUCUUCCGCGAUAAUUAUAUUCACUGGUACGAGGCCCUCGUACUCUUCGGAUUCUACUUGGCUUACGUGAGCUUCAUGAAGUGGAACCAACCGAUGGAGAAGCUCGUCAAGAGAGUGCUUCACAGAAAUAGGGUGACCCGGGUGAGGUCUACCGAUCAGCUGAUGCCCUCGCACCAGAGCGCCGCCCAGGCAUUG